UGUAACUGACUGUAUUUAAAUAUCAAGAGUAGUAUAGAUAUCUACUCUUGGUAUUGCAAAUUUUAGAAUGUAGUUCAACACAGUCAUGUAUGUUCACACUGCUACUUGGUUCAGCUGGUUCUAUCUAGUUUGAAAUGUGAUACAAGGAAAGGAAUACAGCAGAUUUGAUGGCGUCAGCUAUGCGAUUUGGUGCUAUUUUAAAAUGCCUAAGUACAGCAUCUAGAUGUUCAAGUCGAGGCUGUGGCUUCCCAAGAGUAGCCUCAGUGAUAUCAUGGAGAAGAGCUGCUAGCUAUGAUGCCUCGAACUUCGCGGGGGUGCUGACGGAUGCCAUUGAGAGUGGACAAACGCUUUUGUCAGUUUCUGAGUUGAUUAAUGGCCAGGAUCAUCUCGUGUUGAUUCCUGCAAUAGUGCAGUUUGCAGAUGAGGUGGACAAUUCACAGUUACUAGACCUUCUAGCGAAGUGUGCUGGUUCUACUGGAAAACGUUUCGAUGAGGACAAAUUGCAGAAACUGAGGCCACUGUUGACAGGUUCGUAUGUCCAGUCUCGGAAAUUCACCCUCAACCAACUGUUGGAGUUAGGCUCCUGUCUUUCGUAUGCGUCCCUACUUGAUUCUGACCUGAUGGUUUAUCUGCAAAAUGAGCUGGCUGCAGAGAAUAUCAGUGUGGAGGAUCUGAAUGUGACGCAGUUGGAACGUAUAACAGUUCUGCUUGCGCCAAACACCAGAUGGGGAGGCGAAGCACAGCAAAUUCCACCGCGCUUCCACCAGCUUAUGACGGCCGUCAAGAGCAAAUACAUGGCGUUGAUUGGCACGCACGUGCAAAGUGACUUUGAAUGUUGGAGGAUGGGAAAUCAACUGUGGGCAGCUGGCUUGUUGUCCAAGUCUGAAGCUGCAAUGGUAGAUGGUCACUUGGCCAAAGCACUUUCGGAGAGUAGUUUGCCACUGGGUGUACUGCGCUUGUAUAUCAUUGAAGCAAGUGCCAGUGCUACUCUUGGUAUUGGCGGUAAGAUGUUGCAAGCGCUGCUGCUUAAGAGAGGACACACGUUUUCGGCGGCCUAUCUGUCAGGCACGGUUCGCCUUAUGACAUUCCACAAUGCACUUAACGAUGACGUGAUGCGGGCUUUGCACAAGAUACUCAGCCAGCGUCCCCUAGUCCUCGCCAAGAAGACGCCGUCAGCUCUAGUUUCUGACACUUCUCGGGAAAGCACCAGUGAAACGUCAGCAGAGGAGCCCAGCAUGUGCAUCGACACAGUAGGCAGUGAGUCAUCGUUGCCAUCUUCAGCUGACACCACUAGUCGCGAUUCAUUCUCCACGAAGGGCGAGAUGAUAUUGAGACUAGAACAAGUCUAUAUCCUCCUAUGCAUGCUGGCUCAACCAGCAACGAAGCAAAUAAGAUCAUCAGCUGAAGUGGCCCGGCUGUUCUUCUCUUGCGACUGGAUUGAGGAGUACCCACAAUGGAACACAGUAACUGUGUGUCGGCUUCUAGACGUUCUUGUGCACUACAGUAAACCCGGACACCACCAGGCAUUAAUGGAGAAUCUGGUAGAGAAUCUGGUCAGCCGAGACCCCAGCGCCUUUGCCGAAAAUGAUCUGGUUAGUCUUCUACGCUUGGGUAUCACCCUGGACUAUACCCAGCAACAGUUGGCCAGACAGCUCUACGCGUUUGCUCACUCGUCCGAAUUCAACUUCUCGAAUGCUGGUGUGAAACACGCUCAAGCAAUUUCCCGUUCACUGGCACAAAUCCGCUACCCGCUACAAGGUGCUGUGGAGAGCUGUAUUGAUCUGUUGACCGGAAAAUCUUGGGUCUCACUCAUUUUUUUCCUCCACAUCGUCCGAAACCUUUGUGUAGCUGGUGUGAGAACAGCAUCUCUCGAUCGCAUGCGGCCAGUACUGAGGAGACAACUUGACCUUCUACCGCCGUCUACAUCUGAUCUGAGUAAAUUACCACCGGCGACUAUUGUGGAUUGUGCUUGGAUAAGCUAUGUACUCGACGUUGAUCCCCCGGAAAACUUGAUCAAGCUGGCCCUAUCGUCGUCGGUUGCUGAGCGGCUUCCCCUGAUCUGUUUGGAACGGCUCUUGCUUGUCAGUUCUCUGAGUGGUGUAGCAACGAAAGGCCAGCUGGUCAUGUCCACAGAGGUCCACGAGCUCGUUGUGAGAAGGUCGAAGACUGAGGAAGGUAGGGAUCCGUAUCAUGUCCAUCACAUUGUAUCAGUCAUCCGCACUAAGCUUGCGCAUCUCCUCUCGCCCGGUGCAUUGAGAAGUCAAGUCUUUGCCCCUCACCGUCAGUUUGUCCAGAUUGCAUUGCUGCUAGAUUCUGAAGGUCGGCCUACGGACUGGCCAAGCGAGCUCGGCGAUGUUGAUACUAUCGAUGCAGGGCAGUUGGUGCAGGAUGGUCUGCGACCAAUGGCCAUCGUUGUAGCUUCGAACAAACAGUGCUGUGAUGACCUUGGAUUGCAAGGUGGGGAUGAAGAGCGUCCACCGCGUGCUCUGUUGCGAAUGCAGGUGGCGGCGUUACAAGCGUCUGGCUGGGACACACUGCUUCUAAGGUGGCCGCUCUUUGCUGAAAGUCCAUCGCGGCUCUCUUAUCUAAUAUCUCUCUUUGACGCGAAGGGUGUUGUUCUGCCUGGCCGUGAGCGUGCCUCCUACAAUCGCCAGGAGAAAGGUGCAUCCGGGAAACGUCGCAAUAAAAAGGCUGCAGCAGCUAGUCAAGUAGUUGAUCAGCACCAUCCAUGGCAGCAGAAACAACGGUCAGCCGACAGGUCAGCAUCUGGGACACCAGGCACUUCAGUGGUGGAUACACAGGACUUAGUCACUGACAAGGGUUCUCAACGAGGGCUUAAACGUAAGACGGUGAAAGGAUCUGGCAUACCACCAUUGGUGGGUGCUAUGCCGGUGCAGUCGGUACAGAAACGAACAACUGCUGCAGAAGUUAACCCUGGAAAGCAAGCGCCACGUGACAACUUUGUAUUUGGUCAGGAUUGAAGCAGUGAACUAGUGUGCACGGCACUAUGUUGUGCGGAUGGGCCUUGUUUAGCUCUCUAACACACCUUAAUCUGUCUUUCUAUACUCUCUCUCUCUCGCUCUCUCUCUCUUUCUCUUUCUUUCUCUUUCUCUCUCUCUCUCUCUCUCUCUCUCUCUCUCUCUCUCUCUCUCUCUCUCUCUCUCUCUCUCUCUCUCUCUCUCUCUCUCUCUCUCUCUCUCUCUCUCUCUCUCUCUCUCUCUCUCUCUUGUAUAGUCUUAGUUUUAUUGUCUCAAACUUUUCUUUAGCUGUAAGUUGCCAAACAAUUCUUAUUCUUGAGAUACAAUGUGACAUUGUGACUAUGCCACAGCUUCUACUUGUGACACACAUCCGUGCAUGAGUAUGGAUACCUGUGCAUGCAUAGAAUACUAAUGCAUACAGUACAAUCAUGUCUGAUGUACUAGUUCAACCCUUGAUACAGUGUACAGUGUAUCAAGUGUCAUUUAGUGCAGCACACUACUGCCACAGUGACCAUUUGCAUCGGUGCUGGUUGCUGCUGCUUCUGCUGCGCCACCGUCACCUCUGCUAGUGCUGGUGAUGUCAUUAUGCUAGUGCUGGUGAUGUCAUUAUGCUAGUGCUGGUGAUGUCAUUAUGCUAGUGCUGGUGAUGUCAUUAUGCAUCGGAAUGAACAACAGCCUACUUUUAGCUCUGUUGUGAAUAUUGAACCAUAGGCCAAACAUCCUGGUAUUUCCUCAAAACCAGCUCUUGUAUAUAAGAUUUUGAGAUUGUCGUUGGAUGCCUCUA